GGCCUUCUUGAUGCUUAAAUCAGUUUGGUACUGGGCAGUGCCACGCACGUUGACAUGCGGUCAUUUUUCUGGGUUCGAAGAAAUAAAACAAACAAACAAACAAAACACAUGGAUAGUGUAUAAACGACUAGCCUUUUAAAGAAAACUUCAUGCUCAAGGUAUUAAAUUUGGUUCAGCUUUUAUCACGGACACAAGUUUUUCAUACCAUGUGUCAAUUUUAGCCUACAGCUAAUGAAAUAACACAGGACAUUGGAAAGUCACCCCUGACAAACCGUAACCCUAUAUUCCUAUUAGGAUUUCAGCACGUUGACACGUUACAGGUUGUUUUCGCCGUUCUUAAAAAGCUUCAAUAUUUUCCAUAAUAAUAGCGUUAUGGACACCUGGCGGUUAAAAGGUUUACGGGGAUUGACGACGAAGGUUAUGUACCGGCUAAAUAGUCAGCGUUCUGAGCGGCUUAAAUCUCCCAGCAUGUCAGUUGCUGUCAUUGUUUAAAAAAAAUCGAAUGACACUGUAUUUAGUCCCAACAUACGUAGUUUGCUAUAAAACGUUACAAAAAAAAGAAAGUUUUUAAACAGAGGUAUGCAAAAUUAAUGAGCUUUGUUAUUAUAGCUAAAAGGCAAUUACAGAAAGGCAUCUUUAAUUUUUAAUAUUUUCCAUUGUUCAACUGGGCCGACUUUUUGUUAAAAGCGAAAAUGUUAUUAACGGGAUGAUAAAUGGCUGACAGGGUAAAUGACACUGCGGUACGGCUUUGUUUUUUGUCCAAAGUGCAGGGGUAUUCUGUGUUAUUGGAAGAUUGAACUUUUCCAGUUGAGAGUGCAACGUUAAGGAAUCAUGAAGUGUGCACAGAAACGGAAUCAGAGAGAAAUUGCUCCAAAGUCAACUGGUGUAUCAGGCGAGGAAAAAAAGGUUUCUCACCUUCAAACGAAGAAGGAAAGGCGUGGAAAGGGAAACUCUUGUCGUUUGUCCUACGUUGAGGUUAUUGCCAACGCCAUUCUCAGCUCACCAAGAACACAGAGAACCUUGUCCGAGAUCUACAGCUUCAUUCAACACAACUAUCCCGAAUUCACCGAAAACAGAGUGCGAUGGAAGAACACAGUCCGCCAUAAUCUGUCGCUUCAGGAAUGUUUUCAGCGGGGUGAAGUUGCUUACAACAAGGGUGGAUGUUACUGGGGGAUUCAUCCCAAAUUCUUGCCCAAUUUUAGUCGAGGGGAUUUUACAAGACGCCCGCCAGCUCCGACUCCACAGAUUGUAAUGCAAAGGGGAUAUCUACCCUUCGAAAAUGAUCAUUUUUCGGCACCCAACCAAGUCUUCCACUGCAAUUUUUGUGAGCUGCCUCCCUCACUUUCAUCGUAUGGCGAAAGGAUGAUUCAUGGCACUUGGGCUGUAAACGGAUGUGCACCGUAUAGGCAGCAUCCCUAUUUUUCUUGGGACCAUUGUAUGUACUAAAAAUCUUUAGACCUCCAUACCCGAAUGGCAACAAACUCACAAGCGUGUAUAAACUAAACGUAUCAGCAAACAUUAAACAAACUAAGAAAGUUAAAUAGACUCUAAAUAGUUUUACUUUGAUGCUUAACAAUCGCAGGUGCGUGUAACUGCGCGUUCAUAGAUUUUCAAUGUAAACGAAACUUUGCCGAAACUGUAAGUGUUCAUUAUUUUUCACAUCCGGAACAUCUCUUUGAAGUGUCGUGCGAUUCACUCACUGCGCCUCAAGUCUGAAGAUCUGCUCUUUUCCUUCGGUUCCUUUUGCGAUUCUUCAAAGAUGACGAAGGCAAUGCGAAAAAUCUAAUCAUUGGAGGCUACCGCUGAUAACUCGAAAAGAAAAUGCAAUUAUUGGUCAUUGGUACGGUUGCUUCUAUCACGUUCAAAUUUUCAGACGCUGAUGUCUCACCUCAUUUCAGGAAAACCAAAGGCACUCAUUUAAUUUAUUUUGUCACUAAUAAAGGAUACAGCUCACUAAAGCUGAGCAUUUUGUUACAGGUAUACAUAUUGCAACGCAUUAAAACACAAGAAAAGCCGAAUCAGAGUGGUGGUAAUUCCUUAUGCCCCCACAGGGAUAUGCCACAGUCUUGAGUAACGAUCGAUUAUGGAAGGGCUACUUUUGAAGUUUACGCAAAAAAGGGAGGAGAAGAACGAGUGAGAAUACUUAGUCUGAUUAGCACGCUGCUCUAAAAGCUUGUUGUCGUAUUCAAUAGUAAAGUAGCUUGCGUGGUUCAGGGCAAUAGAUCCUUUAUCAUUUACAUGUGCAAUACUUCAGUCUUGAAGCCCGACAAAUUCAAACUGGAAUUCUUUUCACAUGCACCACCUCUCUGUUCUUUCAUUGCUUAUUUGUCCCGGUUGGGGGCAGUUUUACAGAUGACAGUUCAUUAUAAUUGUCUGUCCUUUAGCGCUUCGAGGGCUUAUCACAUGGACAUUUUCCAUUUCUAGCUAAUUGUUUGAAAGAUGUAAUAAACAGGCAGAUUAAGAAAUAUCCCCGCCUUCCUCCGGCCUGCUUUUAACUCCUCCCCUCAAAGACACACAUUUACCGCUUAAUUUUACUGGAGUCUCGGACUGAGACACUCGCCUGUGACGUCAGCGAGUGUGCACCUUCUUUUCACUCCAGAAAAAAUAU